UCUGGGUUCACCAGUUCACUGUCAGCCGGUUGCUAACUCGCGUUAGCUAACCAGUUCUGUGUUUAACAAACUGUUGAACGUCUAUUGAGCGUCAGUGUUAAUCGAAACGGAAACAUUAGCCGUGUACGUUGUGAGUUUGUGCAGCCUCGUCCUGCGUCAGCCGAAGUGGGAGUCGCUGCUAGCGCAGAGGAGGGUGGGGACACAAAGUUGCGAGACCUCGCCCCAGCCGGAGCUUGACUCGAGCGGGCAGCUAACUCCCCCAGCGGUGUGAGAGAUCCGCACCACCGAGCCAGCGCCCACUUUGACACGACCGUGUCUUCCAACUAGCAACAAGUAUGUUUCGGAAAACCUUGAAGAAGGACCCGGAGCUGUUCCAGAACGUGGCGGACGGACUCCGGCGGCUGUAUCGGACCAAGCUGUUCCCGCUGGAGGACACGUAUCGGUUCCACGACUUCCACUCCCCGGCCCUCGAGGAUGCCGACUUCGACAACAAACCCAUGGUCCUGCUGGUGGGCCAGUACUCCACCGGCAAGACCACUUUCAUUCGGCACCUCAUGGAGAAGGACUUCCCCGGGAUGCGGAUUGGACCCGAGCCCACCACCGACUCGUUCAUCGCGGUGAUGCACGGCGAGCAGGAGGGGGUGAUCCCGGGUAACGCGCUGGUGGUCGACCCCAAGAAGCCCUUCCGCAAACUCAACGCUUUCGGCAACGCGUUUCUCAACAGGUUCAUGUGUGCCCAGAUGCCAAACCCAGUCCUGGAGAGCAUCAGCAUAAUCGAUACUCCGGGAAUCUUGUCGGGGGAGAAACAGAGAAUCAGCAGAGGCUAUGACUUUGCUGCUGUACUGGAGUGGUUCGCCGAGCGCGUGGACCGCAUCAUCCUCCUGUUCGACGCUCACAAACUGGACAUUUCCGAUGAGUUUUCUGAGGUGAUCCGAGCCCUGAAGAACCACGAGGACAAGAUGCGAGUGGUUCUGAACAAGGCUGACCAGAUCAGCACUCAGCAGCUGAUGAGAGUCUACGGCGCGCUGAUGUGGUCUUUGGGCAAAAUCAUCAACACGCCUGAGGUGGUCCGGGUCUACAUUGGCUCCUUCUGGGCGCAGCCCCUCUUGGUCCCAGACAACAGGAAGUUAUUUGAAGCGGAGGAGCAGGAUCUUUUCGCCGAUAUCCAGUCGUUGCCUCGUAACGCUGCUCUGCGCAAACUCAACGACCUCAUCAAACGUGCCCGUCUGGCCAAGGUGCAGGCCUACAUUAUCAGCUCCCUGAAGAAGGAGAUGCCCAAUCUCUUUGGGAAGGACUCGAAGAAAAAGGAGCUCAUCGCUAACCUGGGUGAGAUCUACCAGAAGAUCGAGAAGGAGCACCAGAUCUCUCCCGGCGACUUCCCUAAUCUCUCCAAAAUGCAGGAGCUGCUCAAUGGGCAGGACUUCACCAAGUUCUCGGCGCUGAAGCCCAAGCUGCUGGAGGCAGUGGAGGACAUGCUGGCCAACGACAUCGCCCGACUGAUGGCCAUGGUGCGGCAGGAAGAGGCCUCCAUGCCCAGUCAAGCUGUGAAGGGCGGAGCCUUCGACGGCGCCAUGAGCGGCCCCUUCGGUCACGGCUACGGCGAGGGAGCCAGCGAAGGCAUCGACGAGCUGGAGUGGAUCGUGGGCCGGGACAAGCCCACCUACGACGAGAUCUUCUACACGCUCAGUCCCAUCGAUGGCAAAGUGUCCGGAGCCUCGGCCAAGAAGGAGAUGGUCAAGUCCAAGCUUCCCAACACCGUGCUGGGCAAGAUCUGGAAGCUGGCCGACGUGGAUAAGGACGGUUACCUGGACGACGAGGAGUUUGCUCUGGCCAACCACCUGAUCAAAGUGAAACUGGAGGGGCACGAGCUGCCCGCCGAGCUGCCCCACCACCUGGUGCCCCCCUCCAAACGGGAGCUGGUCACAAAUGAGCAGUAGGAGAAGAGGAGCGUGUGGAAGCCGCGUCUUUGCUCUGUGUUCCGGCCUCUGGACACCGAGGCUCUCAUCAGCUGCUCAGACACGCCACAAGGAGGCGCUGCUGUGACCGACUUCGCCAGGGAGAGACUGGGGGGAGGGUUUGUUGAAUCAACCAGGGGUUAUGAAAGACUUUAUUACUGGAUCAUGGAUGAUUUGAUUGUGUAGCAGGUAUCUGUUGUCACGUGACCUGUCCAUCCAAAGACGCCUUUCUUGUGGAGAGAAGGGGAGCCAAUGAAAACAAGUGUUCAUCUCUAUUUUUCUAUUCCUGGACUGUUUCCAAAGGCUCCCCUUCAUUGUUUGCCAGAUGAAUAAACGUCUGCCAUCUGAUGCCUGCUG